GUUUCUCGAUCUGAGUUUCCGCUUCUCUAGCGUAUCCAGCAACGACGUUAGAGGCGAGUGAACAGUGAUAGCCAGUAACAUAAAUUAGACUAUAAACAGAAACAAUAUUCCCCCUCUAACCACCCGGUCCCCCCUGUCCUUCCCUAAUGGCGUCGAACACGAACAUAGAUAUAGAAGACGCGACCCAACACCUUCGGGACAUCCUGAAGUUGGACCGACCCGGGAGUAGCGGCGACACGGCCCCAGUUGACGGUCAGAAGAAGGCGUCCUUCAACGGCGAGCUGAAUGGGCUGUUCGGAGCGGAUCUCCUGGGCGCCGGAGACCGCGUCGCCUUGGCCGAAUCUCACAACCCGGAGCUCAUGGAAGCGCAGGAGAGACAGACCAUUCUUCUGUCUGGAGACGACAGCUCCACCUCCAUCGCCAUCUCGUCCAACGAUGUGGAGAUCGUGGCCAGCCAUGACUCCUGCAUCAGCAGCAAGGCCCGCGGCAGCAACAAGGUCAAAAUCCAGCCCGUGGCCAAGUACGACUGGGAGCACAAGUAUUACUAUGGCAACCUGAUCGCCGUGUCCAACGCCUACCUCGCGUACGCCAUCAGAGGUGCGAACAGCUACGCCAUGAUCCGCGUGCUGAGCCUGUCCACGGCGGAGCGCACCCUGCUGAAGGGCUUCGUGGGCGGGGUGACGGACCUGGCCUUCGCCCACCUGGACUCCACCCAGCUGGCCUGCAUGGAUGAGGCCGGGAGCCUGUUCGUCUGGCAGCUCACCAGCCGGGACGGCAAGAUCCUUGAUGAGGUCAUUGUGCACAUCCGGAGGCCCGAGGACACGCCCCUGAACUCAAACCGGCGACUGAUCUGGUGCCCCUUCAUCCCGGAGGAGAACGAGGAGAACCCGGAGGACGCCUGCCAGACCCUGGCCCUCCUGCACGAGGACCGGGCGGAGGUGUGGGAUUUGGACAUCCUCAGGGCCAACAGUACCACCUGGCCUGUCGACGCUACGGACCUGAAGGAAGGCUUCAUCAGCGUCAGGGGACAUUCAGCGCGCAUCAGUGAAGGGGCUCUGUCCCCAGACGGGACAGUCCUGGCCACUGCCAGUCACGACGGCUACAUCAAGUUCUGGCAGAUCUACAUCGAAGGGCAGGACCAGCCCAGUCUCUCCCUCCCUCCCCCUCACAGAUGCCUCCACGAGUGGAGGCCCCACGGUGGCAAGCCUUUGUCCUGCCUUCUGUUCUGUGACAACCACAAGAAGCAGGACCCCGACGUUCCUUUCUGGCGGUUCCUGAUCACCGGAGCGGAUCAGAACCGCGAGCUGAAGAUGUGGUGCACGGUGUCAUGGACCUGCCUGCAGACCGUCAGGUUUUCUCCAGACCCCUUCAACUCAUCAGUGAUGCCCAGCCUGAAGGCCAGCCUGGACCUCUCAGCUGAUUACCUCAUCCUCACUGACGUGCAGCGGAAGGUCCUGUAUGUGAUGGAGCUGAGGCAGGACCAGGAGAACGGCCGGGCCGGCUUCACGGCGGUGUCUGAGUUCCUGCUCACACACCCCGUCCUCAGCUUCGGCAUCCAGGACGUGAGCCGCAGCCGCCUGCGUCACACCGAAGUGCUUCCCCCGGAGGAGGAGAGCGAGAGCAUGACCACAGAAGGAACUCAACCUGUGGAGUCUAAAGCGGGCGUCCAAAUCAAACUGUACUGCGUCCACACAAAGUCCCUCCAGGACGUCCAGAUCUGGUUCCAGCCGCAGCUGGUGCCAGGACACGCCCUCAUCCUGCCCCAGGCCCCCUCCCAGGAUGAAUUUGGCUUCUCGGACCCCCUGACGGACGUGAGCACAGAGGGGCUGGGCUCUGAUAAGGAGUCAGGGCGCAGUUCCCAGAGCGACCUGCAGGGGCUGCCCUCGCUCCCUGCCCCGGCAGACUUCCUGUCCCCCAUCAGCGAGGCCAAGCCCAAACUCAUGACCCCCGACGCCUUCAUGACCCCCAGCGCUUCGGUAUGUCAGAAGAUCCCUGCGUCUCCGGGCAGCAGUGCCAGCUCUCUCACCGUGGUAACGGCCAUGAGCAGCAACUCCGACAGCGGCGGAGCCAGGGGCGGGGACGAGCUGACCCAGAGCCCCAAGAUCUCCCUGGACACCAGCAGCAGCAGCAGCACCCUGGCCCUCAGCACCACGCCCUCCGGCAGCGCCCGCAACAGCACCAUGCUCAUCCCCGGCCUGGAGGGGCCGCUGCCUGUCAAUCACCUGCAGCCCCUGCCCUCGCCCCUGCCCCCCCUCUCUCUGGAGGUGCAGGUGAUGGAGCCCCUGCUCGUGCCCCAGUCCUCCCCCACCCGGGAGCGCUCCCCGGACGUCAUCUCCUCCGCCUCCACCGCGCUGUCCCAGGACAUCCCCGAGAUCGCGUCAGAGGCGCUGCAUCGGGGCGCGGGCGCGGCCGGGGCCGGGGGCGGGGGGGGCGAGCCCCGGGAGGACAGCAUGGCGUCGGCCGCCUCCGCUCUGCACCUCCUCUCGCCCCGCAAGAGGAACGGCUCGGACCCCGGCCGCCUGGCCCUGGAGCUGGGCCCCGGGGAGGGCGGCGAGAGGCUGAGCUCCACGCCCUCGCUGCUGGAGGCCGCCCUGUCCCAGGAGAGCGCCAACGCUGCGGCCUGCGCCGAGGGGGCCGUCAGCCAGCCCUGGCCCGCCGCCCCCGACAUCACCCGCCAGACACGCAGCAGCCUGAGGGAGAGCAGCCUGGUGGAGUGCUGUAGGGAGGAUCUGAAGGAGAAACACAAGUCCUCCCCCUACCACCGCCACACCUACAGCCUGCCCCACAACGACAGCCAGGACGCCAGCGCGGAGCAGAGUGACCAUGACGACGAGGUGGCGAGUUUGGCGUCCUCCUCGGGGAACUGCGGCUCCAGGUCCUCCCACCGCCUCCCCGUGAAGGACUGGAAGGUCUCGCCCCGCGCCUCCCCCAAACUGAAGAGGAAGAGCAAGAAGGACGAUGGAGACUCCUCGCAGACCAGGCACCCCGAUCACCAGAUGACCCCAGAGCUGCAGGAGGAGCUGCUGGUGCUGCUGCGCAGUCAGCAGAGGGAGAUGGUGGAGUUGCGUCAGAGCCAGAUGGAGCUGCUCCAGCGGCUGACGGGACGCAUGGACGCCGUGCAGAGCUCCAUCAUGGCGCACGUGGAGCAGGCCCUGCUCGGCCAGCAGGAGCUGGACCAGCGGAGGAUGGACCGUCUGAUCGCUGAGGGACUGGACCGGAACCGGCAGGUCCAGGAGAACUUCUCCCAGCAGCUCUCCCAGACGCUCACCAACACGCUGUCCAACCGCCUGGACAAGGUGCUGCGUGACGAGAUGAAGAAGACCGUGCCCCAGACGAUCUCCAAGAGCCUGGAGCCAAUCACGGGGCAGCUCAGCAACACCAUCGCCGCCAAGCUGACCGCCGUGGAGGGCACGCUGAAGGAGAACGUCUCCAAGGUCGUCAAGUCAAAGAACACCACUGACGCGAUUGGCCGAGCGGCAGCCGAGGCCCUCCAGGGGCCCAUCCAGGCAGCCUAUAAGGAGGCGUUUCAGAGCAUCGUGCUGCCGGUGUUCGAGAAGGGCUGCCAGUCCAUGUUCCAGCAGAUCAACGACAGCUUCAAGCAGGGCACGCAUGAGUACAUCCAGCAGCUGGAGAGCCACCUGAAGAACAGGAAGCAGCGGGAGCAGGACGCGCGGGACCCUCUGAUUGGCCAGCUGCAGCAGCUGGUCGACUCCUUCCAGAGCUCCAGCGACCAGCUGGCCAGCAACGUCACCGCCAGCGUGCGCUCAGAGGUGCAGCACCAGCUGCACAUGAUCGUGGGAAAUCUGCAGGACUCGAUCCUGACGCAGGUGCAGUGCAUUGUGAAGGGUGAGGUGGGGCUGGCCAUGAAGGAGCAGCAGGCCCUGGUCACCUCCAGCAUCAUGCAGGCCAUGCGCUCAGCCGCUGGGACCCCCAUCCCCACCGCCCACCUGGACUACCAGGCCCAGCAGGCCAGCGUGCUACAGCUGCUGCAGCAGGGCCAGCUCAACCAGGCCUUCCAGCAGGCUCUCUCUGCGGCGGAUCUGAACCUGGUUCUGUACGUGUGUGAGACCAUCGACUCCCAGCAGGUGUUCAGCCAGCACCCCUGUCCUCUGAUCCAGCCUGUUCUCCUGUCCCUGAUCCAGCAGCUCUCCACCAACCUGGCAACCCGCUCCGAACUCAAGAUCAGUUACCUGGAGGACGCGGUGAUGAACCUGGACCACGGUGACCCGGUCACGCGGGACCACAUGAGCUCGGUCCUGGCGCAGGUCCGGCAGAAGCUGUUCCAGUUCCUGCAGCAGGACCAGCAGGGCCCCCUGAGCAAGAGAGCGCGGCGCCUAAUGAUGAUGCUGCAGGGCCUGGUCACCCACUAGUCUCCCACCUGUGACCCGUGUCUCCCAGAGGGGCUGAUGGGACAUGUAGUCCACAGCAGGAGACUGCACCUCCAGUCAGCGCCUCUUAAAAAGAAGAAAAGAAGAAGAAAAAAAGAAAAAAACUUUUUACACUGUUUGUCCCCCUGCAUCCCGUCCUGCCUAAUCUACCCCCCCGCCCCCUCCCCCCCUGCGCUUUUGGCUUUUAUUUUAACAAGAAACAGAGCACUAAAGACGGGGGUAUCCCUAGCGUCGCCCACACCCCGCCCGCCCUCCAGAGGGAGCUGUUCUGUUGGCUGGUCAUGUCUCCUUGGCAGGAAACUGACGCUGGAAUGCCACUCGCCUUUUUUUGACAGGUUUUUCUAACUCCUUAUUUUGCUCAUGGGGGAGCGGGGACAGCAGUACUGAAGUACAGCGGGAGAGCUGAAAUGACAGUGGAACCAGGCGGAGACCGUUUGCGUACAGACAGCCCAGGUCGUCGUUGUCCCGGAAACCGGAACUGAAAAGACUGUAGCCGUGGAGAUGGCGUCUCCAUUUCCAUUUCUCCAUGUUUUAUUGCCAUAGCAGCCAUUUUUUUUUUUUUUUUUUUUUUUUUUUUUUGGUCAUCUUUUGUCCGUGAAAAGAAAGCAGGAAUUGAAUCCCACGGUACAAAAUGGCUUCCUCUCAUUGUGGGCGGAGCUGUCUGGCCCUUAACCCGGCCCCACCUCCUAUGGCCCCUCCCCCUGCUCUCAGUUUGUCAGUUAGGAGUAAACUUGUUUGAAACCUGGACUGCUUCCUGUGGGCUCCGUAGCAGUCUCUGUUAAUACCACUCUGCUGCUUCUGUACUUUUGUUUCAGGUUUUUAUGUGAAGUUUGGGGCAGGUCAACACCUUGUAGAGGUGGUGCAGUUAUGGGUGUGGAUACUCUAGAGAUCAGGCUAAGAAAUGCUGUGCACUUGAAACGUUCCUCUUCUGAGGUUAGGUAACGUCCUCUCCGUGGCUGUGCACGUCAGAUAUGAGGGUGCUUCAUAUUUACCAAAUAGUUACAAAGAUGAAUAAAUAUCAAGUAAUUCAUAUUAUCACUCAUCUAGGCUUAACAUAGCUGCUUGUAUUUAUAACACUAUAACAUUGUGACUGUUGUUAAGGUGUUAUAAGCGCCUGCAUUACACCAGUGGCUCCCUAGAGGGCGGUGUUGUGCCGAUUGGCGCUUGGUUACCGACGACUGCGUCUGCACCCACCUGGAAACCCCCUGGAGGCCGGACUGUGUCACAAGUCUCCAAAAAUGUAAACUAUCCCCCACUGCCCACGAAGUCUGUGCUGACAGCGAACGCCCCUGCAGCCUGUGAAUGUGACCCUCGGUGCGGUACCGAGCUCUCCAUGAGUGCUUCUCCCCGCUCCGGCUACGGGGGAAAUCGUUUGUGUUGUAAUCGCUGACAGAUGAAGCCUUCCUGCGUCUGAAAAAACCCCCUAUUAUAUCUGUUCAACAGCCUCAGCGUUUUUUAAGCCAAGAUAAAGUCCCCGCGCGCACCCCUGGAAAACCCCUUGGAAGAGAUCCGUUUUCGGGCGUCCUCCAACCCUGUGAAUUCGUAGUGAUGUCACUUUUCUUUGAGAGGCACUAGUAGGACUCGGUCCGCGGUCUCCCGAUGUUAACGAGUCGGUCUGUCCUCCCGAGCCAACAAGUGCAGGAAGUUUAGAAGUGCCUUAAAACGUAGUGUACAUUCUGUCAUUAUUAGGUUUGUGCCCUCAAUUAAAGCUCUGGUGGUGCUUGAGACCAUUCCCAAUCGCUGGGGGGGGAAGGUGUAGCUGGGCUAAACGCAAGCGCUUACUCAAACCAAUCAAACUUUGGCCUCCAAAGCAGAGGGAUUUGAUUGGCUCACCUACAUGCCAAUCAGAAUUAGAGGGGGGGAAACGUACUGUGAAAUUGUUAAAGUGGAUGUUUCAUUCGGCUGCACAGCUGUGGUGUGCCGUGUGAAUCUGGGUCUCUGAGUUCAUCCUGACUCCUGAUUACAUUUGAAUUCGGACCACAAAUAUAUCUGGGGGGGAAAAUUGGAGUUAAAUUGGCCGAUGCCGUAUUUCCAUAGCUUGUCUUUGAAAAAUGAAAAAAGGCUGUACGUCGGAUGAUAGUCCUUAUGUUUGUUACUGAUAUUAUGUCGUUGUCCCUUGUUAAUUCCUUUGGAGUAUUUAUCCGCGGGGUGACCUGAGGGCAAAUGCGACGGCCACGCUGAGAGUCAGCUGGAUGCAGAGAAGCCAUAAAGAGAGUGAGAAUGCAUGGACGGGUGAACUCCAGGUCCCAUGAUGCCCUCUGUUUGACCCCUGACCUUCAGAACUGUGAGGGG